AUGAGUUACCGUAGGCACAGCAACAACAUAUUCACUGAUUCCGAGUCAGAGCAGGACGCAAACCACGAUUCUGCUCCUUCAUCCCCUUCAUCACAGUCAUCCUCCAUCGCUAGUUCGACUGGCAUCUUGCUAUCACCAUCACCAUCAUUCCAUCAUCAUCCAAUGCCAUUGCAAUCAGAGACUGACGACGAAAUCAUCCUCUCCCCUCAAGGCUCACUGUCCCCUAUCAAUUCUGCAGAGGAAGAGGCAUUCGAAGAAGAGGAAGAGUUUGAAGAAGUGCAACAGCCUCAAAAGCAUCGUCAGCAACCCCAACACAAUUACUAUGAUCCAGAUCUUUACUGCUUACGUCGCUCAAAUCGAAGAAAAGAGAAAGAAAGUAAUGAAGAGGAAUCCGAAGAGAUGACAUACACAACAGACGAAGAAGCACAAGAGAGCAGCUCAGAUGAUGAUUACGGGGCAUCUGUAUCCACAAGUAGAAAGAAGAGAUCUUCCAAUCGCCAACAAUCAAAGAAGAAAGUAAUGUAUGAUACCGAAGAUGAAGACGAUCUUGUAGAUAACAAUGACGACGAUGACGAGGAUGAAGAACAAGACAUGAGUUCGGAUGACAACUGGGGAGCAGCACCCAAGAAGCGAACCACGAGGUUGAAGCGUAGAAAUACUAGCAGCAACAACAACAAGCAUUCGAGAAACAACAAUAGCCGAUCUCGUGCCAUCUCACCCAGCGAUUAUGCCAGACACUCUACCAGAAGCAGAAAAGUGACCAACUACAAUGAGGACAAUGCUGAGCUGUGGGGUCUUUCCGAUGAAGAGAUUACAGAGUCAUAUACCCCCGCUGCCGUAGAAGAGGAAGAAGGCGAAGUGAUUGAAGCUGUGCUGGACCAUCGCAGAAGAGAGGGCUACGAAUCAGGGCCAGAUGAACCCGAAACCAACUUGGAAUACCUCAUCAAGUGGAAAUCAUGGUCUCAUUUGCACGACACGUGGGACAAGUUUGACUAUCUCAAGUCAUUUCGAGGAUUCCGAAAACUGGAGAAUUACGUGCGAAACAACAUUUAUGCAGAGCAAAGCUUUAGAGCCAACAGCGAAACCACCAAAGAAGAAAUUGAACAGAAAGACAUCAAUAUUUCUCGACGUCGAGAUGAGAUUCAGGAUUGGCAGACAGUGGAGCGCAUCAUUGCCGCGCGUGGAUCGCCACCCAACAUUGAAUACCUGGUCAAAUGGAAGCGGCUUCACUACGAUGAGUGUACCUGGGAAGAGGCUGAUUUGAUCUCGUCAGACUACCAGGCUGAAAUUGACGACUUUUUAAACCGUGAACAGAGCGUGCAUAUCCCUCACAGAUCAAAGACCUAUCCCCACAACAAACGGCCUGAAUUCGCUGCCUUCAAAUCACAACCUUCCUACAUCACUGGAGGCGAGCUGCGUGAAUAUCAAUUGCACGGUGUCAAUUGGAUGUCCUGGCUGUGGUCUCGCAAUGAAAAUGGCAUUCUGGCGGAUGAAAUGGGUCUCGGCAAAACAGUGCAGACCAUCAGUUUCCUCAAUGUGCUCUACAAUACCUGCCAACUCUACGGUCCUUUCCUCAUUGUGGUGCCGUUAUCUACCUCUGACAACUGGAUGCAAGAAUUCCAGCAGUGGGCGCCUCAGAUGAAUGUCAUUUGCUACCUGGGUAACCGUGCUGCUCGUGCAACCAUCAGGGAAAACGAAUUCUACCUGGCAGGCACAAAGCGACUCAAGUUCAACGUGCUCAUAACGACCUACGAGAUUGUGCUCAAAGACAAGGACUUUAUGGGUGGCAUUCGCUGGCAAUACCUGGCUGUGGAUGAGGCACAUCGUCUUAAGAACUCGGAAUCGCAGCUGUAUGACGCUCUCUCUAGCUUCCAGACCACCAACCGCUUGCUAAUCACAGGUACACCACUGCAAAACAACAUCAAGGAGCUGCUGGCAUUGGUGCGAUUCCUCAUGCCCCACAUGGAUCUCAGUGCUUACUAUUUCGACCUGGAUGUGGAAGACAAAGACCAAGAAGAAAAGAUCAAAGCACUGCACCAAAGCCUCAAAAGCCUCAUGCUGCGUCGCUUGAAGAAGGCCGUUGAGAAAUCACUACCCAACAAGUCUGAGCUCAUCUUGCGUGUGGAAAUGAGCGAACUGCAAAGGACAUUUUACAAGCACAUCCUGGCCAAAAACUUUGAGUUGCUCACUUCCAAUUCUGACAACAAGAAGCAGUGGUUGAACAUUGCCAUUGAACUCAAGAAAGCCAGUAACCAUCCCUUCUUGUUUCCUGAUGUCGAGGAGCCUUCUGAAAGCCGCAUUACGCAGCUCAAGGGCCUGAUUGAAAACAGUGGAAAGAUGGUGUUGCUGGAUAAACUGCUGACUCGCUUAAAGAGCAAUGGCCACCGUGUGCUGAUCUUUUCUCAGCUGGUCAUGAUGCUGGAUAUUCUGUCUGAUUACAUGACAUUGCGCGGACAUCCUUUUCAACGACUGGACGGCUCCAUGAAGCCCGAAGACCGCAACAAGGCAAUUGAACACUACAACUCGCCAGGAAGCCCUGAUUUCGCUUUUCUACUAUCCACGCGAGCCGGCGGUAUGGGUAUCAACUUGGUCACUGCUGAUACUGUCAUCAUCUUUGACUCUGACUGGAACCCACAAAAUGAUUUGCAAGCCAUGUCUCGAGCACAUCGUAUUGGCCAAACCAAACAGGUGAAUGUCUAUCGCUUUGUGACCAAGGGCACCAUGGAAGAAGACAUCAUUGAACGCGCCAAACAAAAGAUGAUCUUGGAGUACUGCAUCAUCAAGCAAAUGGACACUUCUGGUAAAGCCAUCAUCCAAGGCCAAACACUGACAACAUCCUCAGGCAAGAACCGUGAGAUCCCCUUUGAUCGUGCUGAGAUGUCUGCCGUGCUUAAAUUCGGCGCCAAGAACAUGUUUGAGACGCUGGACAACUCGCAAAACAUCCAGGAUAUUGAUCUCGAUGACAUUUUGUCGCGUGCUGAGCAGACAGAGACCCUGAAUGAAGAAGCGAGUGCACUGGGCUCUGAGGACUUUUUAGCGCAAUUCAAGAUCACAGACUAUGGAGGCACCGCAGAAGACUUGAGCUGGGACGACAUUAUUCCUGAAUCUGAGCGUGCCAAGAUAGAAGAGGAAAAGAAACUGGAAGACCAGGCUGCGCUGUACGAUCGUGCUGCAAAGAAGGGUCGUGUUCAAUAUACCGAGAAUGUUGAAGAAGAGGAGGAAGACGAGGACGAAGGAGUGGAAGGCAACGGCAGCUCAAAGAAACGACGACGAGCUGCCUCCAAUGGAACCAACUCGAGAAAGAAGCAAAAGAGCAACGGCAAAUCCGACGAGUUUGUGGACCGUGAUCGUCGUGCCAUCAUGCGAGCUGUUCUCAAAUACGGUGAUCUGGAGGCAAGAUACACUGAGGCAGUGACAGACUUUGAUUUAGACCAAAAAGACAGAGAUAGUGUCCUAGAAUUAUACCAAGAUUUGAUAUCUGUUUGCAAGGACAAGGUGAGAGAGCAGGCCGAAGCAAACAACACUAUUGCCAAGGGCGUGGAAGUGACCGAUGACAUGCUACUGCGAGACCUGCGACACACCAAGCAAAAGGCCAUCUUAUUCACAUGGCGAGACAUACAAAUGGUGAAUGCAGGCCAGAUUCUGCAACGACAUCACGAUAUGAAGGUGUUAGCCCGCCGUCUGAAAGCAGUGCCCAAUAUCUACAAUUUCCGUGUCCCUCCCGUCGCUAAACAUGUGCAGGCUUGGUCUUGUGAAUGGGGCACCAAAGAAGACUCGAUGCUGCUGGUCGGUGUCCAUCAACACGGCUUUGGCUCUUGGCCGCUCAUUGAACAAGACCCACCACUCGAGCUUUCUGGCAAGUUCUUCCUAGGUGCUGGCAAGGAAGAAGAAAAAAAAUCGCCCAAGGCCAUCCAUCUCGUUCGCAGAGCAGAUCAAAUGUUGAAGAUUUUGGCUGAGGAAGACAAGAAAAGCAUGGAGAUCAAGGCAAGCAGCACCAACGGCAAAUCAGCAUCGUCCAAUGCCUCCUCUACCAAGAAAGGCCCGCGCUUCAAGCAGCAACAAAGAAAAGAGGCAGAGAAGCACCAACGACACAGGGAACAACAGCAAGAGGAGCAGCAGUUGCAAGAACGACACAAACACGAACAAAAGACAAAGGCCGAGCAUCACCACCAUCACAGCAACAAGCUCAAGCUGGAACAAGACCAUCAUAGCCAUCAUACCGCCAGGGCCUCCUCCUCACCUACUACUAAUGCUACUACUACUACCACCACCACCAAGACAUCCGAAAGUGGUGGCAGAAAGAGAUCCUAUCGUUCGGAUGACACCACGCCUCGCUCCUCUGCCAAGCGAGCUGAAAAGGAGAACAAGAUCCCUGAAAGAACGUACGAAAGCUACGAUGAAGACGCUGCCUACUCUACCAUGAGGCCCGUCAAAUACCUCUUGAACAGAUUGCGCGAUGAUUCAGCGAAAGCGGAAGGCCAUGAAAAGGCUGCCAUCAUCAAGGAUUGCUUGUAUCGCAUUGGAAGGCACAUUGAUAGAGAGGUCUCCAAUAACCGACGCAAUGAUCCCAACUUGAAGCGAGAUCUGUGGUUGUUUACACUCAAGUACUGGCCAGGACACAAUGUCACCUACAAGGACAUUAUUGCAGUUUAUGAAAAGAUUGUGGAAGCCAAAAGCAAGGCAAAGGACGAUCAUCAUCAUUCCAGCAGCAGCAACAGCCGCAGCAGAAGCAACAAUAACAGCAGUGAUCAUCAUCGACAUCACGGAUCUUCUUCUAAAGAUGCCUCCUCUUCCAGCAGUGCUCGUCGUAAUAGCCAUAGUCAUCAUUACAGUAGUAGCAGCAGCAUUGGCAACACUACUAAUCGCCAUCAUGAUAGCCAUGACAGUAGCAGUAAUAGCAAUCGUCGCCGCAGAAGCUCCUCUUCCUCCCAUCGCAGCAACGACGACCAUCACCGCCGAGACAAGAAAUCCUAUGAUCGAAAUGAACGUCGUCGCCGCUAA